UAAAGGCAGACUCCUCUCACAAGCGUCUUGCUUUGCUACCAUUAAAAUCAGACCCUUUUUUUGUCUCUCGAUUGCUGUCUCCCGACCAAACUCCGAUGUGUUCCGUUAUCAGCGACCUAAAGCCUGCCAUUCCAGCACCUGUCUUGCUAGGGAUCGGUGGAUAGUAUACGAUUCAGAAAGCAGACAAGGACAUAGGAGGAGAGAGAGCUCUAGAGAGACAGCCAGGGAUAGGCACAGAGAGCUUUGAAGUAAUUGGAUUCAAUGGACGAAAUGCUGCUGUUGACAAGAAUUCUCUUGGUGGGCUUCAUCUGCGCUCUUUUAGUCUCCUCUGGGCUGACUUGUGGACCAGGCAGGGGCAUUGGAAAAAGGAGACACCCCAAAAAGCUGACCCCUUUAGCCUAUAAGCAGUUUAUUCCCAAUGUGGCAGAGAAGACCCUAGGGGCCAGUGGAAGAUAUGAAGGGAAGAUCACAAGAAACUCCGAGAGAUUUAAAGAACUAACCCCAAAUUACAACCCUGACAUUAUUUUUAAGGAUGAAGAGAACACGGGAGCUGACAGACUGAUGACUCAGCGCUGCAAGGACAAGCUGAACGCUCUGGCGAUCUCGGUGAUGAACCAGUGGCCCGGGGUGAAGCUGCGGGUGACCGAGGGCUGGGACGAGGACGGGCACCACUCGGAGGAGUCCCUGCACUACGAGGGCCGCGCCGUGGACAUCACCACCUCGGACCGGGACCGCAGCAAGUACGGCAUGCUGGCCCGCCUGGCCGUCGAGGCUGGCUUCGACUGGGUCUACUACGAGUCCAAGGCGCACAUCCACUGCUCCGUCAAAGCAGAAAACUCAGUGGCGGCCAAAUCUGGGGGUUGCUUCCCUGGCUCGGCCACGGUGCACCUGGAGCAAGGCGGGACCAAGCUGGUGAAGGACCUGAGGCCUGGCGACAGGGUGCUGGUGGCCGACACGGAAGGCCGUCUGCUCUACAGCGACUUCCUCACCUUCCUGGACCGCGAGGACGGCUCGCACAAGCUCUUCUACGUCAUCGAGACUCGGCAGCCCCGCGCCCGGCUGCUGCUGACGGCCGCCCACCUGCUCUUCGUGGCCCCCCAGCAGAACCAGAACCAGUCGCAGGCGGGCACGGCCAGCAGCCGGGCGCUGUUCGCCAGCCGCGUGCGGCCGGGCCAGCGGAUCUUCGUGCUGGGCGAGGGCGGGCGGCAGCUGCUGCCGGCGGCCGUGCACCGCGUGUCGCUGCGGGAGGAGGCGUCGGGCGCCUACGCCCCGCUGACGGCGCAGGGCACCAUCCUCAUCGACCGCGUGCUGGCCUCGUGCUACGCCGUCAUCGAGGAGCACAGCUGGGCGCACUGGGCCUUCGCUCCCUUCCGCCUGCUCCAGGGCGUGCUGGCCGCCCUCUGCCCCUCGCCCGGGGCAGAGCCCGCGGCCCCCGGCAUCCACUGGUACUCUCGGCUCCUCUACCGCAUCGGCAGCUGGGUGCUGGAUAGUGACUCUCUGCACCCGCUGGGCAUGGUGGUGUCGUCCAGCUGAGGGAUCCGCCCGCCGACAGACAGACAGACGCACGGAGGCAGAGAGAGAGAGAGAGAGAGAAAGGAGAGAAAAAAAAUAGGAAAAAAAGAAAAAGAAAAGAAAAACCAUAAAGAAAAAAAAAAAAGAAAAAAUUACAUAUUUUUAAAAGAGAGCACGGAUUAAGACUUAAAAAUAAUAAUAAUAAAAUAAUAAUAAUUAAGUAGGACAGUCCAAAGUAGACUUAAAGGGAAACAAAGACCCCUGGAAGUUCUGUUCUGUUUAGUUUAUAAAUAUAUAUAUAUUUUUAUUUGUUCUUUUGUUUUGUUUGUUGUUUGUUUUUUGUUUUAUUUUUUUUUCUUCCUCUCCUGGAUAUUUAUUUCUUUGGUAUUUUGAAUAGAUGUUUUAAAUGAUAUGAACCGGACCUUCAAGAGCCUUAAAUAGUUUCUUUGAUAAUUUAUUAUCAUGUGAACUGUACUCACAGGGGAAAAAAUUAUUUUGUGAGGCCAAGCAAAACUGCGCAGAGUCUAUUUUUCUACAUGUCACGUGUGUCCUGACUUUCAGAAAGCAAAAUUCUGUACUUUCCCAUCUCUCCAUUACAUUGCUCCUUCAUUUCAGCAAGUCUAAAAAACAAGCAAACAAACAAACACACACAAAAAAGACAAACUUCAUGGGGGUCCGUAAAUUAUAUUUUUAUACACAGAAUUGUAAAUUAGAUUUUUUUGAGAGAUCAAUACUUAACUGAAUCACAUUUCGUUUUUUGAAAUAGUGUAAAAUAUGAGAAUAUAUUAUUUUAAUUUAAAUAGUUUCAAAUGUAACAUCAUUUCCUGUAUUGUUUUCCAUGUUUUGCUUUGUAAAAACAUCAUUUGGCCACGUUCAUGGAAGUCAAGACUGUUACACAAACUUUUUAUUUGCAAAAAUCGUAAGAAACUUUGUUAUUUUUAACUUCAGAAAAAGUUUAUUAGAAAAUAAUAUUUUUUAAAAAGCGCACAUGGCGGCAAUUCUGUGACGAUGGAGAUGGUAGUUUGUACAGAGGGGGGAAAAGGAUGUUUUGCAUUAAUAAAUUGAGAAAUAACUGCUGUAAAUUUACUAAAAUGUAUUUUUGAAUAUUUUGUAAUAGUUUUAAUAGUUUUAUAGAAAUAAAAUGUGCCAUGCACAGUUUGGUUAGUAUAUAAUAACUAAGAGUUCCUGGUGCAUCCCAUUUUUUUUUUCCUUUUUGCUUAUUGGUUUAGGAAACAUGAUGCCGAAAUGAAUGCCCAUUAUUUUAUUUAGAUGUGUUGCUUAUAACAUUUAAUUUUGGUACUUUAAUUGAGGAAACGAAUCCAUCACAUCUGUGCAUAACCUGGAAUCUCUUGUACUGUCAGUAGAACCUCACUUAUUGGCACGAGUGACUGGCAGACGGGUUUCCCCUUGCCAGAGCCCUGGCUCCCCAUCCCUGCUCAGGCGAUGCUCCUCUCUUCCAGCUCCAGCCCCGAAUCCGUGUCCACUUCCCACUCUGGUCUAGAGACUGUGGAUGGCUCUUAAAAUUGAUUUCUGAGGAUGCCAAAUCAAGUUUUCCCUUUGAAGGCAUUAACCUUGUGGCAACACUGGGAUUUCAGUGGGCUUCAAUCUGGGAGAAGAUGGAAAUCUGAGGGAGAGACAUUGGCUUUGGUGAGUCAGAGGCAUUCAUGUGGCUGGUGCUGGAAGAAGGAGAUGGCCACCAGAUUUCACUGGCCACUCUGAGUAACAGCACAGAGAACAGAGUAAAACACCCUUUGCUAAACAAACAAAAGGAUAAAGAUUUGUUCCUUUAUCCUGAGAGACAUUCCUAAGCUGUAAUGCAGGAGUCUGUCCCGAGCCACCCACGGGUGAAUGUGCUGGAGAUGUUUUAGGAGCUGAGUGUGGGGCCAGCACUGAGUCCCCUGCCUGGCCCCAGCCCCAGCCCUGAGGGAUCAUCCUUGACAGGUGCUGAUCAGUGAGGUUCUGCUGCACCACGUGCUCCUCCACGGAGGGUUUCCAGGACCCCUUUAAAAAUGUUGCAAAACAUUGUGUGUGCAUGUGUGUGCGCGUCUGCGACGGGACCGUGCCGGCAGGGAGCUUGCCUUGAAUGUCUUCUCACCUGUUCUUUGGUUUCCAUUACUCGCCAGUCUAGGGUGUUGAUCCACCAGGCCUUUUGCUCCAGAGACACAGCCAAGUUCUCUGCUGGGAUGGAUGGCAGCUCCACAGCCUCCCAGAAUGUCCCUGCCUGGGCCAUCUCCAGAGUGCAGACCAUGCUGUUCCACGCUGAAAUCCUGGGAGCUUCUGGAGCGCUGUCAGAGCUGGUGGCAUGAGCACUGCUGUGUGAAGCCCCAACAGAUGGAUGUGGUCUCUCCUUCCUCUCAACCUCUAGUCCAGCCCCACUUCCAACCUCCAAAGCUCAGACAUGGCCGGGGUGAUGAGACUUUGGAGUGACCACCAGGAGAGGAACCAAGGCACCCUCCAGCCUACCCAACGAGAGGCAUCACAGGGGCUGUGGACUGCCUGGUGGGUGUGAGGACCUGCUGCCCGCCCCAGCUUGGACUCUGCCACCUCCCUGUCUUUGGGGUGUGCUGAGGGCUGCAAACCCAGAUGAUUUUGGGGCAUGUGAGAAUGUGAUCGUGGAACAAAUGGGUCUCUGCUGUAAGAGUCUGGCCUUAGUAUGGCACUGCCUGGGUGUCUGAGCUCUCUUACCCUGUCUCUGAGAGGUGGUUGGCAUUUUUAAGGCCUCCACACUCAAAUAAAUGACCGUGUUGGAAGGUGCCUUCUCCAGAGGUCGGGUGGUGGAGCUGUUUAGGGUGUCAGUGAUCAAACUCAAGGCCACUGUCUGGAAGGCUUCAAUCUGAAUCACAACUGAGAUGUUAAAGACCCAUGAGACCAGAGCCCACACUUGUGCCAGGACAGGGCACGUGGCUGGAUGGGACCACACCAGACAUUGCCUCCUUUAAUCGUCACCCAAAGGCCGAGACAAGUUCAGAGCUUUGUGGUGUGAGAGAAGCUGAGAGGCUCUUACACCAGAUCAGCCUGUUUCACUGAGCAGAGAAACGCUGUGCCACCUUCUCCAUCACUCCUAUCCAAGCAGCUUUGUCUUCCUCUCACCGUGUCUGAGUCCCACCUCUCCCUCCGGCGCCUCCCACCAGGAUCACCCCUCCGUGGUGUGCUAGAAGUGCUUCCUUAGAUGGGCCAGCCCAACCCACAGCUACAGCUCUUGUAUGAAGGAUGUACUGUCAUAACCUUGUGCAAAACAUCUAGGAGAUGUCACUGUCCAUUUUCAGGGUCCGAGUAUGGCAAUAGUUUGUAUAAAAUGUACACAUAGUGGUGGCUACAGAAUAGUUUAUGACUAAAUACAUAUCUAUUACUGUCAAAAUAAUGUAUAAGAAUGUACUUGAAGCUAUUAUCCUUGUGCUCUGUUGUCUGAAUAAUUAAAGAAAUUACAGAGACUUCCUGAAAUGUCUGAUAUGUGAUGGCAUUCCUAUUGCACACUCUCUGAGGAUUUUACCCUGAUUUUACUGAAAUGCAGAGUGGGGAUCCUGUGGGAUUUGGUGUUGGACUCUUCAAACUCACCAGGAAUUGUGCCUGUGUGGCUUCAUGUGAUGGUCACAACCUCCUUCUCCUCCCACCUACAGCCACACAGACAGUCUGUCAUUUACCUGUGAAAUAUUGUGUGUCUCUGCCAAGCCAACUCAUUUGGAAGGGUUCUGUGGGGAGGCAGAGGUGCCCUGAAGGGCAGCCCACCAGCAGCUGCCUGUCCCCUCCACCUCCCCCACCUGAGCCAACGUGAGAAAUGACCCUAAUGAGACUGGGAUUGGUUUGUGUUCGCUUGACCAAUGGUUCAAGCAGUGCCCUGGUGCUCAGACACCAGUUAAACCCUCCAAAGGGAAGCUUGGAUGUGCCAGUAAAAGAGGAUCACGUCCACAGUGCAACUAAAAUCCAAGGCAAGCACUGGGGUAAACCAGGUGUUUCCCAGCCAGGUGCCUGUGCUGUGCCUCAGCCAGCAGCUCCUUGUGCCCUUGUGUGGGAAAGUUUGCCUGGCUGGAUCUUUGCAGAUACAUGCACAUGUAUGUGUACAUAUGUAAUAUUAUUAUCCUGAUAUUAGGAGCUCAGCACGUCCCACCAGGAUAUAAAUAUGUUUACACUGGCCCUCCUGAGCAUUUCACACCAUGCUGAGGCUGAGCAGGAGAUGUAAAUCAGCCUGGUUGGGUGAUAAUUGGGCAGCAGUUUUGCAGCCCCAGUACAGCAUCUAUUUCAAUUACAGGGGGAAGGAAACCAGAAAGAGCAUUUAUCUUACUCAUUACUGCAAGCCAUAAGGGACCACUAGAUUUUUAAAGCUUUUGAAAUUCUCUCUUCAGCAGUUUCUGCCUUAAAACUAGUUCAAACUUAACUGAAAAAAAGGUCAAUUUUCCAUGUACAGAGCUCUUCAGAGCUUUCAAAGGAGCAGUGUUAAUAUGAUCCUUGGCCUACGCAGACUGAAAGGGAAAAAAAAAUCAUCUUUAAAAAUGCAUCUUUACAAGCAACAAGACUGUCUCAGAUCUGAUAGGAGCCCCACAGCCACUGUUUGUGCCAAGAUUGUUAAAUAUAAUUUUUAAUGCUUUGCAUUUGGGGUGUUUAGGCUUAUGUAUUUAAAUAAUUUUGGUUUUCAGGGCUGAAAAGAAGAGAACAAAUCCAGGAAAUAGGAGUUUAAUGAUCUUGUCCUGGUUCCAGUGAAAUCAAGAGUGGUAUCCAGAGGUGAUUUGGGUGCACAGGCAAUUGUGCACCUUAAAGCAGAGUGCAGGACCCUUUUCCUUUCAUUUUUAACUUCUUUUCCUUUCAUUUUUAACUGAGAGCAAGACAUCUCUUCAGACAAAUAUUACUGCAAAUCAGGACUGAAACCACAAGGCCAGGAAAUCU